CUUCACCAAACCCAAGCACGUCAUGGGUGAGCGCAAGGUGCUGAACAAAUACUUCCCGCCGGACUUCGAUCCGUCGCUGAUCCCGCGGCGCAAGAAGCCCAAGAAUGAGCAGGUGGAGGUGCGCAUGAUGCUGCCCUUCUCCAUCCAGUGCGCCACCUGUGGCGAGUACAUGUACCGCGGCAAGAAGUUUAACUCUCGCAAAGAAGAAGUAUUGGAGGAGAAUUACCAUGGUAUCCGCAUCUACCGCUUCUACAUCAAAUGCAUCACGUGUUCGUCUGAAAUAACCUUCAAAACGGACCCCAAGCGCGGCGAUUACGUGGCCGAGCACGGCUGUCAGCGCAACUUUGAGCCGUGGCGAGAGAAUGAGGACGAGGAGGCGGCGGCCAUCGCCCAGCGCGCCGAGGAAGAGAAAGGAGACGCCAUGAAGGCGCUCGAGAACCGGACGCUUGAUUCCAAACGCGAAAUGGACAUUCUAGACGCGCUGGAUGAGAUCAAAGCCAUUAACCAGCGCCACGCCAAAGUGGAUACGGACAAACUACUGCAACAGCACGCAGACGUGGGUAAACUGAGCAAGGAGGAGCAGGAAAAGCAGCUAGAGGAGGACAGACAGGAGGCACAUCGAGUGUUCGAAGAGAGACAAAAGAUGCAGCAGAAGCAAAAUGUGCUCAAAAGACCAGUAAGUGACGCUGGCGAGGAGGCCAAGCCGUCAACUGGACUUGCCUCUUCGAAACGUGACGAUACAACAGCCACGCCGUCACUUAAGCUGGCCGUGACAAUCAAGAAGAAAACGACUGUAGUCGCCAAGAAGAAGAAAGCUAAGGCCAAGACGCCUGCCAAACCUGUAGCAAGCUUAGUGGCAGAUUAUAGUGACAGCGAAUAGGAUCAAGCUCUAGACUCUUCACUGAAGCAGCUUUUAUCUCUCAGCAAAUGCUUAUGAUGUCGCUACUGGUUGGGCUCAUACGGUGCCAGUAGGUUCUCGGAGAAGGCCUUGAGCGACGGCACGCCACGUACCUCCUCGGUCAGUAGCGGCAUCUCCACCACGUGGAAAUCCUCGUACAAGUCGUAGAUCUGGUCAAUGUACUUCUGCUGCAUCUUCUGGCGGGCGCUACAGCUCUUACACGUCGAUCCUUCCUCCGGGUACAGCACCUGGUUCACCACGACGUUGUGCACGUCGAUCUCGUACUUCGUGAGCU